GAUGUCGACGAUGUGACGUUCUCUUUAACCGCUGUGAGAAGGAGGAUUGGAAUUUUAAGUCCAGCAUCCAUCCAUAAUCUACAAUGGCCGAGGAAGGCAUUGCUGCCGGAGGUGUGAUGGAUGUCAACACCGCUCUCCCGGAGGUGCUCAAGACCGCACUUAUCCACGAUGGCUUGGCACGCGGUAUCCGCGAAGCUGCUAAGGCGUUGGACAAACGCCAGGCCCACCUCUGCGUCCUUGCGGCUAACUGUGACGAGCCCAUGUACGUGAAGCUUGUGGAAGCCCUCUGUGCCGAGCACCAGAUCAACCUCAUCAAGGUCGAUGACAACAAGAAGCUUGGCGAGUGGGUCGGUCUGUGCAAGAUCGACAGAGAGGGCAAGCCCCGCAAGGUGGUCGGGUGCAGCUGUGUCGUCAUCAAGGAUUAUGGCAAGGAGUCUCAAGCCAAGGAUGUCAUCGAGGAGUACUUCAAGGCUAAGAAAUGAGGCGUGAAUAAAAACUUUUGAAAUGAAGUUGA